UGUAGAAAAAAAGGCUAAAUUUAGGGUUUCAGUUGGGUUUUGUAGGGAAUUUUGUGGCUUCGCAAUUAAUUGCCCGAGUCGACGAAGCCAGAGGCAUUGUUGGCAUAUGAUGGCUAUAUCGAAAGAAGAAGAGGAGGUUAUAGUAGCGUUGAAUCAGAUAAUGUUUAAUAUAAGGCUUUUUAUGUUCAUGUUCUUGCGUAUUUACCUCAAACUUAAGCGCCGUCGUUUAGGCCCAUUGGAUAAUGAGACUGUACGUUAUAGUUUGAUAGGGAGAACACCUUCUCAAUUAGACUAUUUACGUACACUUGUUGGCUUUAAUGAUGUCACAUGUCGUGACAAUCUUAGAAUGAACAGACAAACCUUCUUUCGUUUGUGUUAUUUGUUAGAAAACGUAGGGGGCCUAGCUCCAAAUAGGAAUGUAUCUAUUCCCGAACAAGUUGCAAUCUUUCUUCAAAUUUUGGCCCACCACACAAAAAAUGUCGUCGCCCGAAGUCAUUUCAACCGAUCCGGUUAUACCAUCAGCAUCCAUUUCAAUCGUGUCCUCCUAGCUUUACUAAAGUUGCACUCAAUGCUUUUGAUUACCCCACAACCUGUUGGCGAAAAUACAGAUGACGUGCGUUUUUCACACUUUAAGGGUUGUCUUGGUGCUUUAGAUGGAACAUACAUUGGAGUUCGUGUUCCUUGUCUUGAUAAGCCAAGAUAUAGGAACCGCAAGGGUAACGUGUCAGUGAAUAUGCUUGCCGUUUGUGAUAACAAUAUGAACUUUAUUUACCUUCUUACGGGGUGGGAAGGUUCUGCGGCGGACAGUAGAAUACUUCGGGAUGCGGUAACUAGAGAAAAUGGUUUGCGGAUACCCACCGGUAACUAUUAUUUGGUUGAUAACGGUUACACAAAUGGGGAGGGUUUUCUAGCACCGUACAGAGGUACUAGAUACCAUCUUGAUGCAUACGGUCAAGGCCAAUCUGCACCUCGGAACUAUAUGGAAUUUUUCAACAUGAAACAUGCAAAGGCAAGGAAUAUAAUCGAGAGAGCAUUCGGUCUGCUGAAAUCAAGAUGGGGCAUACUUCGAAGUCCAGCCUAUUACCCCAUUAAAGUACAAAAUAGGAUUAUAAUGGCAUGUUGUCUCCUACAUAAUUUUAUACGAACGACUAAUGAUUUUGACCCUGAAGAAGAAACACUAGAUGAAUUUUUUAGGAAAAAUCCGGGUUUGGUUAAUGGUGAAGAUUACAUUAAUACCGUUGAGACGUCACAAGAAUGGACUUCGUGGCGGGAUACCAUUGCCAUGAACAUGUAUAAUGAGUGGCUACAAAGUCGUUAGUAUUAAUUCGUUGUAUUAGUCGAAACUUGUUUUCGAUGUUGCCGAGAGAUGAUUCCAGACACAAUUGUUCGAUGAAGUAAUCGUCAAUUUUCUCAUUCCAUUCUAGCUCGUAUAAGAAAUCUUCUUGACGAAAAAUUGGUUUUUUUUUAGGUGCCAUGAAUAAACAAAAGGUGAGUUCGAAUUGAUCCAAGUAGCAACAACAAAUUGGUCAUUAUAUAUAGAGGUAAUUAAAUUAUAUUAAUUGUGGGAAAUAAAUUACAACUGCCCUAUUGCAAUUCAUUUAUUUCAAAAACAAAAUGGGGGCUGUGAUUGACAAUACAAUUUGCAUUAAGUUGAUAAGAUUUUGUACAGAAUAUAUGCAGUAAUUGCAUAAAAGUUGACUUAGUAUUAUAUGUUUAGAAAAUUGUUCAUUUUUUUUUAGUUUUAUCUUUGUGCUUUUAUACAUAUUUUUGCAUUAAUCACUUUGUUUAUAAUUAAAAAAUGAGUAGUUGGACAUUCAAUAUAUGUAAGUGGUGUUGAAGCAUUUAAAUUCGAAAUCAAAAAUUCAUCAGAGCAGGGCAGACUAGUAAUAAAUACAAACAUGCGUGUUAAUUGAGUAAUGCAGGUAUCGAUCACAUAAUAUUUACGUUUUUUGUGUGCAAUGAAUGCCUUAUAUGCUGCAAUCUCUUGCAGAUUGCAGACUGUUGAUAUUAUCCCUUUGCUAGUUGUUAUAAAUGUUUUCUUCCUAAACAAAUAUUUAAUCUAGUUUUUUAGCAUACUGAGGCAAUCCAUCAUUUUCUUUUACUGAACAUUUGUUGAAGAAGGUUAUAAAACUACAGGAAUUCCAAUAUAAAUUUGCAUGUUCGAUUGAACAUAU